UCGCAUGGCUUAAGUAUAUAAAUGGCAUGGACGUAAGGAAUGUCAUCAGUAACUUGAAGACGUCCGAUCAUAACCCAUUCAUCAGAUAACAUGGCAUUCAAAUUUGUAGCUCUCUUUGCCGUAAUGGCUGUAGCCAGCGCAGGAGUUGUCCCAGUUCAACAGUUGCAUACCUCAUACCAUGAGCCAGCUCACAUUGCUUACCAUCACGAACCACAACCAACCCUCCUGAAAACUGUUGCCCAGCCAGCAUAUGUGAAAACAAUUGCUCAGCCGACAAUCGUGAAGACCAUCGCUCAACCAACGCUGGUGAAACAGGUUGAACUGCACGACGAUCACAACGCUCAGUACGACUUCUCCUAUGGAGUGCACGAUGAACACACCGGAGACAUCAAGGAUCAGCACGAAACCCGUCACGGCGAUCAGGUCCAUGGCCAGUACAGUCUGAUCGAUGCUGAUGGACACAAGCGUACCGUCGAAUACACUGCUGAUGAUCACAACGGUUUCAAUGCUGUAGUCCACCGUGAACCAACCAACAUCAAGAUCCCACAGCCAGUACAGAAGAUCGCCAUUGCCCAGCCUGUUACCAAAGUGAUCCCUCAGCCAACCUAUGUCCAUGCUGCUCCAGCCGUUGCCCACUAUCAUGCCCAAGCACCCACCACUGUGAUCAAAACUUCUGGACUUUCUCAUUAUUAAUCAAUGGGAAUAGUACUCAAGUCAUGUUAAAGUUGAACAAUGUUAAGCUGUGACGAUUCAUCUCCGUAGGAUAUAGUACAAAAUAUACAAUAAUUGAAAUCUA